UCAAAUGCGUUUUCCCUAUGGUUUUUCCUCAACAAACUCCUCAAAAAUCACUUUCUGAGUGCCAAGAAACCACUUAUUACCAUUUGUUGUCUCACUAAGGACCCUAAAAUCAUCAGCAAUGGAAUGAAUAGUGCGAAUGUCGCUGCUUUCAGGCACCACUGACUUGUUGCGCACUUGUUAUUUCCCUAUAGGCUUCCUUCAGUGACUGCAUGCGUCGCUUUGAAAUGUUUGCUUUUUGUGUCAUAUCCUCUGAUUUCUCUUUAAUCAAGGGAGAAACGAUUUCGAGGGGUUCGCUUUCUUAGAGUUUGGCUUGAAAGGACUGGGAUGUCAAAGUCGCGGUAUGAAAACAUACUUUAAGCUGGGUGAAACUCUCUGGCAGGUGAGAGAGAGAGAGACAGACGGGAAUUCCUGACAGCGUUUCUCCAGCACGCGGCUUUGAUGCAGAAAUAACUGAAGGAUUUGAACAUGAUCUCAGCGCAGCGCUUGAGAAGCUGCCCGGCACCUGCGCUAUGUGUUCAAAUACUUUACAGUGUUCUCAUACUGUGGACCAAAGAAAUGGACGGACUCUCCGAUUUCUCAAAUUAUCUGUUUAGGAUCAUCAACAGUCAAUCAGCUCAAGCCUGUGAUGGAGAUCUCCUGCUCCUCAGGUGUCCAGGACACUCCACCAUAACUAUUCAGUCUGCAUUUUAUGGACAGAGUGCAACCCUUCCCGGGAUCGUGCCAGGAAUGAGAUGCCAAUGGCGUAAUCACAGCUGUUCUGCUACUACAGCGCUGCAGAAAGUGCUCUCUGAAUGCCAGGGUCAUAGAAAUUGCCAGUUUCUGGUUAAUCAUCAAGUCUUUGGCAGAGAUCCUUGUCCUGGAACCCCUAAAUACCUCCAUGUAUCAUACAGGUGUAAACCUACAGAGCACAAGAAGAGAAUAACAUGUGAGGGAGAUCGACUUUUGCUGCACUGCAAGUAUCCAAAAGUGCUGAAUAUCUACUCUGCUGUUUAUGGAAGACAGCUGGAAGAUGAAGACUUGUGCCCAUCAGAGAAACAAGAACCUCCACCAUUUGAAUGUCUUUUUCACGGAGCCGUUGAUGUGGUAUCCAACAUUUGCUAUGGAAAACAGAGGUGUUUGUUUACCGUAGAUGAGGAACAUUUCAAAAACCCCUGCCCUCCUGGAACAAAAAAGUAUAUCACUGUCCUCUAUGCAUGCGUUCCGCAAAGUUUACUCAAGGAGGCUGAUCCCAGCAGUUUCCAAACUACCUCAGUUCCUAACCAGAGCACCAAAAAAGGGGAACACCCAGUUAUCAGAAGUUCAAAGUUUCCAGAGAACAGGAUUAUUGUCAGCAAUUCUUUAAUGGCAUAUGGCUACAUUACAGAGCAUCCAGAGAUGGCAGGACUGCUCUUCACAUCAAGUGUUUGUGUGGGACUUCUGAUUGUUCUAAUAGCUGUUUCAACACAGCUAACUUGCAGUAGACAUCUAAAUGCAACUAGAACAUUCAGGAAGAAGAGUAGAACAACUAAUUUGGAAGAGGAGGAGCCAAUGAACCAGGAUAAUGAUGAAGAGGAGGAAGAUGAGGAUGAGACAGGGUCACUAAUGGACAGCUCUAACCUGUCAGAGAUUGGCAGGAAGGUGCAUUGCUGGGAAGAUGUGACGUACACCACAGAGGCAGCAGAGCUGAUGGAGAGGAUUGAGCGCAGGGAGCUUGUCAUUCAGGAGAUCAGGAUGAACGCAUACCUCAAUGGAAACACAUGCAUCCUGCAUUCAUACAAGCCAACUAUUACGCAGAAUGUGCAGUAGCUGUAGUUUCAACCAAAAGGAGAGAGCAUUUUGAAUGCUUUCUGCUACCAAAACACUAAAAGGUGAAGUGUGGAAUUUUUGUAUCGCAACUGUCUUCAGACAGGUUUCCAGAACAAUUCCCUCAUCUCCUAUUGGUCUGCCAAACAAAUGGCCCGCCCCUAAGUCACACUAUUGGUUCAGCUAAUUUUUUUAACAAACAGACCAAUAUUUUGAUAACAUCACAGAUUCACUGUGCUACAUUUUGAGUGAGAUUAACCUACAACAGUUCUCAUAAUAAGCCAUGAAAGGUGUAUUUUAACAUAAAACAAAUUACACACAUCACCUUUAAAGACACUGUCAGGUAAAAAAAACAAACAGAUUUUUCACUGUGAGGACAUAAUAGCAUAGAACAAGCAAUACCUGAUGUGUUUUACUGCCUGAGUGAGGGUGAAAGUUAUUAUUCUGUUCUAAAAUUAUUCUAUUCAGCUGAUAAAGUAGCUGUUGUAUUACACUUUACAUAAUGUAAAGCCAUGUAAAGAGAAAAGUAUUUUAUAAAUUAUUGCUCUAUUAAACA